GCGUGUUUCCCCUGCGCUCGAGGCCACAUGCGCGAAUAACGACACGUGGCUGAAAAGAGCUCAUAGUACUACUCAGGUAGUGAUCAGGGAGCGGAUCGAUCCGCCUGUCAUUUGGGUGCUGUCAUUGGAUGCGGGGAAUGCUAAUUGACAAGCUAGUUAAUGAGGCUGUUCGUGUCUAGUUUAAUGUUUAUUAGUUUAGACGUUUAAACGGAGGGAAGCCGGCGAGUUCCCGCGGAGGUACAAGAUGUUCAGAUAAGGCAGCGCCCUCCGUACGACCCACACUGCUUUAUUUCCCUCAACUAUCCCCCAGCUGCUGUCCUUGCUUGACUGCCUGAAGCCUAAUUUUAACAUAUUUCCAGGCACAGAAAUGAACCGCUGCCCUGUCAAGCAAAUGCUUGGUUAGAGGAGUGCAGGAAAUGAGAGCUGCUUCACUUCCCAGAGCCAGUCCUGAGCAGGGCAGGUGUGGAAGGUAUGGACAUGGACACACAGUCCUGUGUGGAUCACUCCAUCCUGGCCAUCUUGGAAGACUCCACCGUUGCAUCGGAGUGCAAGAGCAGAGCUGAGGAAGAAAGCGAGCGCCUGCUGUCUGCCCUGACUGAGAUGCUGGACUGUGUGGAGGAUGACGGCAGGACUCUGUCUCCUUUCGACACCCUGCCAGACACCAAGUUCCUCAGCCAGGCAGAGUACAGGGACAACACCGUGGGAUCAUCAUUUGCUCAGAGACUUAGACCAAGAUCUAAAACACCAACUACAGCAUCCACAACGAAGAGUGAUGGAGAGAAAGGCAAGGAGGGCACACUAGAGAAAAGCGGUCUGUCACAGAUGUUUAAGCUACAAGGCCAGAUGUUUCAUCCCAAAAAUAAAAAGGCAGAUGCCGAAGUCGAGGUUUUUACCUCGACUUCUCUCGUCAGCCUGGUGAAGCUCAUGCACCCCUACUGUCUGAAGCUCCGUGUGGAGGAAAGGGAUAAACCGACACAUCCCACCAUAUUCUCCCACGAAGAGGUGUGGAAGUAUGAAAGACCAACUGAAGACAGUGAUGAAGAGAUAAAUGUAGUAUCUGAUGACGAGGCGCCUGUAAUAGAGACCAAGAUACGAGAUGAGGUAGAGGAAAGAAGAGAUAGCGGGCAAGUCCUGAAGAGCGUGCUGUUGAAUGGAAACUCCAGAUCACCCCCAUCCAAAGGGAAGAAAAGGGUGAGCUUUGGCCCUGUUCGAGUGGCUUCGUUGGAUGAAUCAGUGGAAAAUGGAUUAAAUGAGAGCAAUUCCACAAAUUGCCAUACUAGUGAAAGUGAGUCACUUCCACUGAACAGCACAAGCACACUUGAAAAUCCAGCAAUUGAAGCCUCAGCAACGUCCUCGGAGGUGAAUUAUAACAAAACUGAGGACCAGCAGCCAAAAGUUCAGACAAAGGCCAGAUCACUCAGCCUCCAACAGUACAGACAGCUGCGCCAGAAGAGACAACCCCUGGUAGAGAAACAGGGGAACUACACUACCAAGUGGCCCUCUGUUCCUGAGCCCCCUAAAGAGCUGACCCCCAUCCUCUGUUUGCAGAAACAAAACGGCUGCAAACCUAAGAUGCCGCAGCACUAUCCAGACCCCCGUAAACCUGAUUUCAAGUCAUCCCAUCUUGCCUCUUCACCACGCAAGCUUCAUCCCUCAGAGGCCAAAUAUUCCACUAAUGUAAAUCACAGCAGACUGAACCACCAAAGGACUGAAUCCAAAGUCCUCUCACCUGCCAGUCCACUGCUGGACAUUCAUCAUGAAAGCAAGAAAAGUCCAGUGAAGAAGCCAACAAUACUUAGUAGUGACCCCCCAAAUCCUGUACUCCUUCCCCUGCCAGUUCCUCAGACAGCAUCACCAUCCACUUCCAACUCUUCAUCAGCAUCUAAAGUGGAGUUUCUGUCCAGGGAUUCAAGCCUGCAGAGCAACAGACAGCCUCAAGAACUCCAGACUGAAUCCUCAGCUGCACCUCUCCAGAGACAGACAUUUUCCUCAGAGCUAAAUCCCCAGGUGUCACCUCUAAUCAAAGAUUAUAGCCAAGAGAGCCCUGCACCGCUUCAGGAUAUGAAGACAGCAUUUAGUGAAAUAGCAGAUGAUUCCUAUAUCUCUCAGGAACAAGAAAACUCACAAAGCAUAAAAUCACACAUUCAAAAAUGCAGUCUGAGCCCACCCGAAGGACCCCAGCACUUACCAGAAACUCCACAGGCACCAAGUCCUGACGCACAGAGACCAGUAAAAUGUUCCUCUGUCAGCCCACAUUUCAGUCAGCCACUUACUCACAUAGAUUCUGGAGCAGUAACCGAGGUCCUAACCCACAGUAUGAGUCCUCCUGAGGAACCACCACCUCCUCAAUCCAGGUGCAGAGUGCAGAGAGCAACAGCUGAUUCAGGAAUUGAAGCGACUGAUCUGACCAGCUUGUUGGAGCAGUUUGAGGAAACACAAGCUAAAGAAGAGAGAGUUUGUGAGAACGAGCCAUCGCUUGUUCGUGCUGCUUCAUUAACAGCGAUGUCCUCUGUGGGACCACUUGAAUCUUUAAGCACUGCAGAAACUCAGAAACUCCAAGUGUUGGAGGCUGUGGAUAUCCCUGAGCCCCUCAGCACUGAAAUCAUCCUGAGCACUCAGCAGCCUGCAAGACGGAAAAAUCCUCCAUCCAAGGCCAUUCAGAUAAUUGACCCCCGUCCUCUGCCGUCCAGGAAGACUCACACAAUUCAGUCAGAGUCAGCUGCAGCUCUUGCUUCUCCUCACAUGUAUGCGCACGUAUCUGCCGAUCACGAUUACUGCGGCUCUGUAGAUCAUUCUCCUGUAAAUGCUUCUCAGCGUAGCAGAGCUAAACCUCCUUUACUCAAGGAUGCUUCUCAAACCACAAAUGAGCACCAUGUGAUGACCCAGGGUUCGCAAGCUGCAGGUGAAGAGAAGAACCAGAUUACAACUGUUAAAACACAGUCUGUGCUUCAGCAUCAGUCCGAUCAACCCAGGGCCAGAUCAGAGACCACAGACAGAGCUCUGCAGUUUGCAGACUGUGCUGCCAAAGAAGAUCGUGGGAGGAGUGAAGACAAGCCAGCUCCGUGCACCUUCCCGACACCUCCACCCAGCCCUCCUGUCAGAGGCAGAGAGAAGAGGAGAUACAGGAGAAGAUCACCACGGUCUGACUCAAGCUCCAGCUCCCGGUCCUCCUCUUCUUCUUCCUCCUCCAGCUCUGCAUCUCGCUCUCCAAAAAGAUUAAGGCUCCAUCGCAAGCGUUCAGAGAGCAGCUCGUGUUCAUCGUCCCCCUCUUGCUCCGUGUCCCGAUCCCCUCCUCGGCGGUACAGGUCAGGGUGCUGCACACCAAGAUACAGCAGGUCACGGUCCAGAUCUUGGUCCCGGUCCACAUCCCGGUCCCGGUCACCAUCUCCACAAAUAUGCCGUAAGCGGUGGAGAGACUUUUGCAGCAGCAGCAGAGAGUCCAGGAAGCUCAGGAGAGAGCACGAGAUAAGGAUUCAGAAACUGAAAGCCAUAGACGAGCGCCGGGUGGUGUACGUUGGCCGCAUCCGCAGGUCCAUGACUCACGACGAACUGAGAGAACGCUUCUCUCAGUUUGGAGAGGUGGAGUGUGUGUCACUUCACUUCAGAGAUAGGGGUGACCACUAUGCCUUCGUUACUUUCUACAACAUGGAAGAUGCUUUCGCAGCCAUCGAUAAUGGUGGGAAACUACGGCAACCUGAUGAGAUGCCUUUUGACAUCUGCUUUGGUGGAAGAAGGCAGUUUUGUAAUACAAACUACACAGAUCUCGAUGCAAACAGAGAUGCAGAAGCGUCUCCUUCCAGGACCAAGUUUGAGGACCUCGACUUUGAUUCGUUGCUGAAGCAGGCUCAGAGAGGAUUAAAGACGUAGCAGAGCCGAGAGGACAAACGGCAGCACAAACCUGGAAGAAAAGGCCGAAGCAUUUGUUUUGGGUUUUUUCCACAAACCUCAGAGCAUUGUGCUCAUACUGGCAUGGGAAAAAUUUUGUUAUGAGUUUUCAUGUUUUGCUAAACUAUAUUGUAAAUGCAUGAAGGUUUUUAUGUGUACAGUUUAUAUGUACAAAUAUGUAGCACUUGUAUGCAUGCAGUUACUCGUGUAUAAAGUUGACAUGUAGCACUUGAUGUGAGACAAGGUUUUUGUGUCAUUCCAGAGCAACUGAGAAAAGUUUGUAUAUGAAAAAAAGGCAAUUUAUUGUUUUUCUGUUUAAUUGGGUUCAUUUGAGUGAUUAGAUAUUUUCAUGUAGAUAUUUACCUCUGACAAGGAGCUUUUGUUAUUGUGUUGAUUUGUGUUUCUUUGCUGUUCUGGACUGAUUUAAAUGAAAGUUUUUGAGGGCUUGGACUAAUGUAGAAGGGAUUCACUUUUCGAGUAGGUCCACAUUUGGAUCUGUUCUAGUAGUUUAUUAGACAUUUAGGAUUAUAUCUUCACAAAGGUAUACCAGACUUAAACAGGAAAAUUGGGUGACAUCAUAUUGAUGUUGAACCAGAUCCAGAUAAUUGUGGUUUGCUCCACUGCUUUACUUUCCAUUGAUGAGCUUGAAAUAAAGGGUGUGAUUUAUUGUUCUUUACAUAGAAUAAACAAUAUUUAUGGCUGUAACCACACUGCAUUACCUCAGUUUCAUCUUGUGCAUUAAUCUGGCUGCUAUGUUUUUCAUGGGGGUCUCCUUAAUUGUUGGUUCACAAUUAAAAUCGUAACCUGUUGAAUUUUCAACUAAUUGUCA